AUGCGCGCCCGCCAGCCCCUCCCCGACAACAUGGCGGCCCUAGACUUGCUGGAGAGCUCGCUGAGCAACAUCCAGGGGCGCAAGGCGGCCCGGCUGCUCCGCUACUUUCGCGCCCCGUCCACACCCACCACCCCGGCGCCGCCGGGCGCGCCCGGGACCCUGGUGGUGGCGCCAGCGGGUGCCACCGCCACCAGCACCACCAGCACCACCAGCGCCAGCGACGACGUCGUCAGCGACACCGACGCCGACAUCUUAUCGCCGUUGCCGCCGCUGGCAACGCCGGCGGCGCCGGCGAAGCGCUCGCUGCGCCUGCUGGUGGAAGACCCCAUCCUGCUGGCCACCUACUUCCCCCACCUGCCCCAGCGUCGCGGCAGCACCAGUCAUGCCCAGCACUUGACGGCGAAGAUCGAGUUUGACCAUAGCGACGUCGGCGCUACCAUCACCGCUGUCAGCAGUAGCACCGGCAGCGAUUCCCCCGCCGUCGCUGGCGCCGGCGCCAGCGCCAUCACUUCUGGUACCACAGCUAACACCAUUACCGCGACGAGUGCCAGCGCUGUUGCUGACCCCAGCGCCGGCGCCGCCGCCUCGGUGUCGCCCACCGCCACCGUCAUCACCGCGUCGCUGCCGGCGCCGCGCCCGCGCCCGCUGUUCUCAUCGCCUGUAUACCCGUUAGCGGUGGAGUUGCGCCCGUUCAAAAAUAAGGUCGGCGGCCACACGGCGAUCUUCCUGUUCUCGAAGCAGGCAGUGUGCAAAGCCCUCGUCAAUCGGGAGAACGUGUUUUACGAAACGGUGGAGCAGCACCACCGCGAGCUUCUCCAAUUCAUGCCCAAAUACAUUGGCGUGCUUAACGUGCGCUACCUGCUGAUGGUCCCUGAAAAUGCUACUCCCGGAAGCGAUCCUACCGGUGGCGCUUCCACUGGUGAUGCUACGAGCCUGCUGCUCCCCGAAGAGGUCCACCGCGCCUUGCUCACAAGAGACGUUGAUAUCCCCGAAAUCGAUAUGGGCGAGGGAGCGACGUCAAAGACGGCAGCGCCCAGCGCUACGCCCUCAGCACCUGCAGCGCCUCCGGCGCCUUUGGCGCAAGUGGCGCUGCUGCCGCUGACGAACCCGGAAGUGGUGCUUGACGACAACAAACACAUGAUCCCCAACUCGUUGUGGAAACACUACCUGAGCCUGUUGCCGCUGCCCCAGCACUUCAAUUGCGACGACGACGACGACAGCCUCCACUCCACCGGCGACGGGCUGACGACGAUCAACACCGACUUCCAGGCGCGCGUGCUCCAGGAAGUGUUCCAGCCGCUCCACACGCCGCAGCUGCAGGACGAUAUUUUCGCCAUGGACGAAGUUGACGACCAGCACGGCAACGGCGACGACCACCCGCUGAACGAUACCACUCCGCCCACGGGAGUGGCGCCGGUGGCGAGCGCUCCCGGCGCCACCCCCGUUGGUGCGGCGCUGCCGGUGCUCCGCAAACACACGCGGUUUGAGCGCUACAUUCUCUUGGAAGACUUGACCUGCGACAUGGAGUAUCCGUGUGUGCUUGACCUCAAGAUGGGCACGCGCCAGUACGGCAUCGAGGCACUGCCGCUGAAGCAGCGCUCCCAGCGGCGCAAGUGUCGCCAGACGACGCUGCGCGAGCUCGGCGUCCGCGUGUGUGGCCUCCAAGUGUACACACUCAAGCCGGCGCCGGCGGCGCUGGAGGAAGACCGGGCGCUGGCGCUAGCGGAAGAUACCGCCAAGGAAGCGCCCGAAGUCCACUGCCUUGUGCGCGAUAAGUACUUUGGCCGCCGCAUCCGGGUUGGCGCCGAGUUCGCCAAGACGCUCGCCCGCUACUUAUACAACGGCAACGACACCUGGCUGGUACUCGUCAAGCUUCCGCGGCUUGUGGCCCAGCUCCACGAGCUCAGGGAGAUCUGCAUCGGCCUUAAGGGUUACCGGCUCUACGGACUGCUGAUCCUCUUGAUGCACGACGCCGCCCGCCCCGAGGUCGCCAAGUUGAAAAUCAUCGACUUUGCCCAGCUGGUGAUCGCCGAGCCGAGCCCCAUGGGCCUUCGCCACAUCACCAUCCCGCCGCAGCACCCUGAUACUUACGACAAAGGGUACGUGCGCGGGCUUGACUCGCUCAUCGUCUACUUCAGCACCAUAUUCAGCAUUUUGACGGGGCACCCGUUCACCCUGCCGGCGCUGGCGCUGCGCUUUUUGGAGACGCACCGGCAGGCGUACGGGGGUCCCUGUCGCUGGCUCGACGGCUACGCCGAGCGCCGCGACGACUGCAUUGACCCCCGCGAUGUUAACGACCCUCACGAUCCAUUCAAUAUCACCUACACCGUCGAAAAUGAGGACAGCGACGUGUCGGACUAG